CUCGAACAUAAACCGCUAUGUCGAAUCCAACUAUUCCUACGGAACAACUGCUAGAGCUUCUGGUUCAACUCAAGAAAACGACACCGGCUUCUGCCCGACAAAUCUUGAAUGACAGACCCCAGAUUGCUUAUGCUCUCAUUUCCCUCAUGGUGUCUAUGGAUUGUAUAAAGUUCGACGUUUUCCAAAAAAUCUUGGCCGAGUACGGCGCUGCCGCUGCAGCACCACCUCCCAUGCCCAUCGCACCUCCACAACUCUCAGCAGUCCCGCCUCAUAUGCAACCAGCUCCGCACUCGAACUCUCGAACAGCCACUCCACCUGCAUAUCAAGCGUCGGGGUCUACCUAUCCGUCUUACCCCCCUCAGAAUCCAAAUCCCGGCUGGGGUCGUGGGCCCCCCCAGGGUUAUGGCGGGCAACCGCCCACGAGCUAUCCCGCGCCAUCAUUAGCGCGGCCAGGGCUCAAUGAAGCACUAGCCGUCUAUCCCGAAAAUCAGAGAGUAUGUCCUCCCUUCCUCUGCUUACUUCACCUUCCUUGAUUUCACACCGCUCUAGCAAGUGAUAUUGACUCUACUGUCCUUGACGCCAGAGCAAAUCAAC